CAUCUCAUCAUGCACCGGCCGGAUGAACAAUCAGUAGAGUGCACGAGUCAUGAAAAAACUGCAGUCGUUGGACGCACCACAGCCCGUGUCGCAUUACCACUUUCUGCGGUAGACGGUGACUCCGAUGGGGAAGCCGAGGCAGAUGGAUCACAAACAAAUGAUGGUGAUCUGUUGGAAGACUUUCCGGACGAAACUGAUGAAUUAGAGCUCGUGCAUUCGCGGUUGAGCUCUUUGGCCAAUCUUCGACUCGAUCGGUUCGCAAGGCACCUGAGGAAGCUAUGUCUCAGACAAAACGCUAUAUCGCAUCUAGAUCCAGAGGUUUUUAAGCUGCUCACGCAGCUUGAAGAGCUUGACCUGUACGAUAAUAAACUCAAAACUGUGGGAGAUACAUUAGACGAUAUGUCGGCUCUAACUCGCAUCGUGUAUUUCGUUCAAAACAAGAUCUCCAAAAUCACCGGCUUAGAAUCUGUGGGAGCGACACUAAGAAGUCUUGAACUUGGGGGAAAUAGAAUACGGCAUAUCGAAGGGUUGGAUGCGUUGGUCAACCUGGAGGAAUUGUGGCUGGGAAAGAACAAGCUCACGAAACUAGAGAAUCUGAGUACACUGAGCAGAUUGAAAAUAUUGUCUCUUCAGUCUAACAGGAUCACAAAGAUCGAGGGUCUGGAUCAAUUAGCUGAUUUGGAAGAGCUCUACCUGAGCCACAAUGGAGUCGAGCGUUUGGAAGGUCUUGAGAACAACACAAAGCUGAGAAUGCUUGACGUUGGCGUGAACUUUGUUCUAGCGAUCGAAAAUAUAUCGCAUCUGGUAUCUCUAGAGGAGCUCUGGCUCAAUAACAACAAGAUUACUGAUCUGUGAGCCCUUGAGCCGCAGCUCAAGAAUGUUACAGUUCUAUUCUUUUCCUUUCACCUCUUCACUUAUUCACGAUUACUAAUCAUUCUUAGACAUUCUAUGACAUUCCAUUGUAUGAUUCUCUUUUCUCUUUUCUGAUUUGCUAUUUACU